UGAUAAACGAUACAAUAGGGAGAAGUGAAUCAGCGACAAUAAUGAAUCUGACGGCAGGAGAAACCUAUACAUUCAUGGUGUAUACGAGAGCUGCCGAUGACAUCACUGAAUCAGACCCGGUGUCACUAACUAUCUGGAUAGUUCCUGCACAAGUUUCCAGCCUCUCACUGAACAAUUACAAGUCGGUUGAUUUUCUUGGAGCCACAUGGACAAAACCAGCAGGAAAAGUGGAUAAUUAUACCGUCAGUCUAACAGGAGCCGUGAAUAAGACAAUACCAGCUAGUACUACACAAGUGAAUUUCACAGGAUUACUGCCCGGAAGAGAAUAUACAGUCACCGUACAGACAGUCAGUGGGAGCUGCAGCCAGAUGUCUGCUCCAGUGACAGAGGCCACAUAUCCAACCGAACCUGGAAAGUUAUCCUUUAUCAGCAUCGGAACUAAGAAUCUGACCUUAUCUUGGACAGAGCCAGUAAAUAUGAUCGGUGUGACCAAGUCAUAUAAUAUAAGCUAUGGGAUGUUCCCAUCAACUAACAUAAUUGUGACGAGCAACGCCACAAAUGUCACCCUUCAGAAGCUGACCUCAGGGACUAAUUACAGCAUCACUGUGGUCACAGUCGGAGUCCGGGGGUAUCCGAGUUCUCCUGUCAGCACAUCUGUCUAUACAAAACCGAUGUCGGUAAAUUCUCUGGAGAUCAGUAAUGUGACCUCGUCUUCUGUGUCUCUGACGUGGAGUAAACCUGAUGAGUAUCAGACGUCUUUCAGCUACAGAGUCCAGACCAAUCUCACCUCAUCAUCAGUAAUGAUAAAUGAUACAAUAGUGAGAAGUGAAUCAGCGACAAUAAUGAAUCUGACGGCAGGAGAAACAUAUACAUUCAUGGUGUAUACGAGAGCUGCCGAUGACAUCACUGAAUCAGACCCGGUGUCACGAUCUACCUGCACAGCACUGCCAGAUCAACCCAACAAAAUUCAGACCAGCCCUUCUGCAUCCAGUGGAUCGAUGGACAUUACUUUCUUGCCUUUUGAUAGUAAACACGGGACGAUAGUGGCUUACGCUGUCAUUAUAACAACAGAGAAGAAUGGUAACCGGCCACCAUGGGGGAUUUUAUCUAAAACAUACAAUGAUUUUAACAACAGACUAACAAACACUUAUGUCACCUACAUUAUCGAUAAAACAGUGACGCUGCGAUCUCAGCGGUCAAAUGAGAUAGCUGUCCGUGUGGGUAAUGGAACAAAAACUCAGUCUUAUGUCAAUGGACCACUGGACCCUCAGUUACAGUACAGGGUUAGCAUCGCUGGCUUUAACAAGAUCAAGUAUGAUCCACGCACAGCCACCAUCAUUGAAGAACAAUCUCCAGCAUCCUUCACAAACUACACUGGAUCGAUCUCCUUACCUACAGCCCCUCUUGUGGGACCUUCCAAUACAGGCACCAUAGUAGGAGCUGUAGUAGGAAGUGUUGUUGGCGUCUCUGCACUGAUUGGUGUUGGAUUUUGGUUUUGGAGAAGGCAUAAAAAACAUAGUUCAGAAAAUAUGACAAUUAGAAAAUGUGCAAAGCGUGAAAACUUUGAAGCUUUGUUUAAAAAUCUGCAAGCAAACAAUAACAAAGGCUUCACGGAGGAGUUUAAUAGCCUGCAGUCUGUAGGUGUCUUACAGCCAAGGUCAGUGUCUCUUCAUCCUGCCAAUGUAGAGAAGAACCGUGAAGAUGCAGCCUACCCAUACGAUAAAUCUCGAGUUAAGUUGUCGACCCUUGAAGACUCCUCUGAUGGUUAUAUUAAUGCCAGUUAUGUUCCUGGGUACAGGUCUGAGAAAGAAUUUGUUGCUGCUCAGCACCCACUGCCAGGGACCAUCAAAGACUUCUGGUACAUGAUCUGGGAGAAGCGCAUUAGCACUAUUGUAAUGCUGUCCAAUAGGCGAGAAAAUUAUAAGGGGCGAGAUGAGGAAUAUUGGCCAAAAGAAACCAAAACAUUUGGUAAUAUCAUAGCAACGUUAAUGUCUGAAACCAUACAGGAUGGUUGGCCCGUCAGAGUCUUUAUGGUGAGAAAUAUUGGGAGGAAAGAAAGUCGUCAAGUACGACAGUUCCAUUUUACUGAAUGGCACGAAAAUGGGGAAAUGCCUGCAAGAGACACUCUAAUACAGUUUGUACAUCAGGUCCGGCAGAACAAGAAAGAAAAUCCUUCUAAUUACCCUACUCUGGUCCAUUGCAGGACCGGCAUGGGGAGAUCUGGAACCUUUAUAGCUCUUGAUUGUAUUAUCAAUCAGCUGGAAAGAGAUAAAAUCGUGGAUAUCUUUGGAGCAGUCCAUAAGAUGUAUUUACACCGGCCCUUAAUCGUGCAAACACAGGACCAGUACAUAUUCCUGCACCGCUGCGCUCUAGAUAUAGUCACAGGUAAGAAAGACGUGAAGACUGGUCACAACCAGAAUAUGGACGAGAAACCUAUUUAUGAAGAAAUACCCAUCACAACCCCGGAGAAUGAAGGACAAUAUGAACGGAGAUUGCCUGUCUGGCCUGUCUGAGAAUUCUGUCAGUUCUGUAUUGUGGUCAUUCUAUUUAUAUAGCCGUUACAGUGCAUGACAUGUUUAACCCCUUCAGCACCACUGCAGUCAUGUGAGGCAGAAGUGCAAAGUUUAAAAAUGGUACCGAUCGCAAGCAUAUAACCCCUCAGACGCUGUGGUCAUACGUGACACCAACAUCUGAGAGCUGGAAACACGGACACUCUGCGCUUCUGGGCUUGGAAUGGCUCCCCCAGGUGGUGAUCGGUGGAACCGCUCAUUUGUUGUAAAAGGUCUGAGCCUGCUGGAGACCACCAGGCCUUUCACAGGUAUAUUCCAAUGUAGCCCUGCAGGUGGCAGCACUAUAUCAGAAUGUACUGAAUCUUCUGUUUAACAAUGUAUCAAAU